AAAAAAAAAUAUAUUCCGACAAAACUGUAAAAUCACAUUAUUCCACAAAAACCGCAAAAAUCAUUUUCCACCAAAAUUGUGAAAUCAUAUUCUCCCUGCCAAAACCAUAAAUAAUAUAUUUCCGCCAAAACUAUAAAUAAUCUCUUUCUACCAAAACCCCAAAAUCACUUUUUUUUUUCUAAAAUUGCAAAAUCAUUUUUAUACUAAAAUUAUAAAAUCACUUUUCUCACCAAAAUCAAUCAAAAUAAAACUUUCCUACUAAAAUCGUGAAAUCAUUUUUCUCGUCAAAAAUGCAAAAUCAAUUAUUAUUCCGCUAAAAUUGCCAAAUCGGAAAUUUUUCCGCAAAACUGCAAUUUCUUAAAGUUUAAUCAAAAUAUAGUUAAAAUAUAAAUCAUCCAUUACUUGUUCAAAAAAAAAUCAUCCAUUACACAUGCAGGGCCGUGCCUGACAUAUAUAAGGUUAGAAGCAACUAAAUUUUUUUGGCCCUAUAAAUUUAUUUUAUAAAAAAUUAGUGUAUUGAUAUACAGGAUCGGGGCUUCGAACUCGGCACCUUGACCAAAAUAGCAACCAAGCUUACCAUCAGAACUAACUGAUCUUUAUUGAAAAUGGCCCCUAAAUUAAUUAUAAGCUAUCCAGCCCUCAAGCUAAUGCUUGAUCAGCCUAUAUUCAGGUCCGGCCCUGUACACAUGUUCCACUUAUAAUUGUUUUACCCAUAAACCCUUGUUUCCUUUCCAUAAAAUCAUCCAUGACAGAGAUCGAAGUUGGCUUGUAAUGUAUUCUCUGAUGCUACACGGAAGAAGAUCUUUGGAGUUGCACAAGUGUAUGCGUCGUCUGAGAGUUGCAGUGAACCCUUUGCAAAAUGCGUACUCCUCCGCUAGUGUUGCUCAAGAUGGUGGAAAAGGGAAGAUUUUUACAGUCUCUUACAUGGUUGACUCACUUGGUUUCACUACAAAACUCGCAGAAUCAAUCUGGAGGAAAGUCGGCUCCGACUCCGAGAGCAAGGGCAACCCUGAUUCCGUUCUGAAUCUUCUUAAGAGUUAUAGUUUCACAGAUUCUCAGAUCUCCAGCAUCGUCACGAGCUACCCUCAACUGCUUAGAGAAGAUUCUGAGAAAUCUUUGGCUCCCAAGUUUCAGUUUUUACAGUCGAGAGGAGCUUCAACCUCUGAGCUCACUGCGAUUCUUUCGAAAGUUCCCAAGAUCUUGAGAAUCAAAAAGGACAAAGCUUUCAGCAGAUACUAUGAUUUCGCCAAAGAGGUUAUAGAAGCCGACAAGAGUUUCAAGAAGGUACCUCCUCAAUCUUGUCUGAGAGAGGGUAGUAGGCAGGAGAACAAACUCAGAAACAUAUUGGUUUUGAGAGAUUUGGGUGUGCCUCAGAAGCUUUUAUUCUCUCUGCUAGUCUCCAACUUCCAGACCGUUACUGGGAAAGAGAGAUUCGAGGAAACCCUCAAGAAGGUGCUUGAGAUGGGCUUUGAUCCCACCACCUCUAAGUUCGUCCAAGCUCUGAACGCUGUUUACCAAUUGAGCGACAAAACAACUCAAGAGAAAGUCGAUGUUUUCUGCACAAGGUUAGGCUUCUCUGCGGAACACGUGUGGGAAGUUUUCAAGAAGUAUCCAAACCUUCUGAAGGUGUCGGAGAACAAAAUACUGAACUUCAUUGAAACGCUUCUAGGCCUAGGAUUCACCAGAGAUGAGGUAAUGGUGAUGGUCAAGUGCUUUCCGCGGUGCAUUACUCAUUCUACAACGGUGGUGAAGGAGAAGGUUGAGUUUGUGGUGAAGCAGAUGAAUUGGCCAGUUAAAGCUGUGUCUUUGUUUCCUCGGGUGGUUGGAUACAGCAUGGACAAGAGGAUUGUGCCUAGGUGUAACGUUAUCAAAGCUCUCAUGUCUAAAGGUUUGCUUGGAACUGGUGAAUUACCACCUCCUAUGGGUUAUGUCUUCAUUUGUUCCGAUGAGGUGUUUUUGAAAAGGUAUGUGAUGAAACACGAUGAUAAGCAGCUUGUGACUGAGUUGUUGGCCAUCUUCACGAAAGAUAAUGUUUAAAUAGACUAUGACAGUAGCAGGAAAAGAUUAGAGCUUUUCAUUAAGUUUUUGUAAUCUCAAUUUGAUCCGGAUCCAACUCGUUUAUACAUCUGACUUGGAAAAAAACUCUAUAUGACGAUGCGUAAGAUAUGGUUCGUAGAUAA